UGCAUUCCCCUGCGAACGCUUGAUUCUUAAGCACUCGUCCCCUCCUCUCCACACCCAGAAGACAGAACCCCCAAAACCCUACGAGCAAGCCGCCGCAGCCGCCACCGCCACCGCCUCCCUGUCCGCGGCUACGAUCUCCGGCCACCCUUCCCACGCGCACCCCCAGCCAUGGCUGAACCUGAGGUGGCGGCCGCCGCAGCCGCGGCCAUGGAGACCGAGGCCCCGGAGGCGAACCCUAGCCUGAAGAGGGAGCGGGAGGAGGGGGACGACCCCGCCGCCGGGGCUGCGGCCGAGGAGGCGGAGGAGGCGCCGGCCAAGAAGUCAAAGGUGGAGGAAGAGGCGAAGAAGGCGGAGGAUGUCGCGGGGAACGGGGAGGAAGAGGGGGCCAAAGGAGAGGAAGGGAAGCCCGUCAAGCUGGGGCCGAAGGAGUUCGCCACGGCCGUCGACAUGUUCGACUACUUCUUCGCGCUGCUCCACUCGUGGUCGCCGAACCUUGAGUUCAAUAAGUACGAGCAGAUGGUGUUGGAGGACCUGGUGAAGAAAGGCCACGCUGAGCCCACCAAGAAGAUUGGAUCAGGCGUGGAGGCCUUUGAGAUCCGCAACCACCCGGUGUGGCAGAGCCGCUGUUUCUUCAUCCGCAGGGUCGAUGGGUCCGCUGAUGAUUUCAGCUUCCGCAAGUGCGUCGACAACAUACUCCCUCUCCCCGAGGACCUGAAGGCUGGCAACAAGAAUUCAAACGGCAAGAAGGGUCACCACCACAAGAACGGCGGUGGUAGAGGAGGACGAGGCGGCGGCGGCGGCCGUGGUGGAGGUGGCUUCCGUGGCGGUCGAGGCCGCGGCAGGCGGGGCAACUAGGAACCAAUAAUAUUCCCCACAAUUUUGGUUGCCCAGUGCCAAUCCUUGCAGUUGAGGCAUUUAUCAUGAGCUAUGCGUGUUUGUUUGCCUGUCCUAGAGACCUGUUAUCCACCUAUAUGUACUACUGUGCGACUGAUAUAUGAUGAUCCUUGGAUGCUUUGCCAUCAUGUUGUUUCCCACUUUC